UCUUGGGCCAGGUGUCCGACCAGCUAGCUGUUGGGUGGGCGCCCGGGGCGACUCAGAGCUGGGACCGCGAUGGCACCUGCCGCGUCAAGGCUGCGGGCGGAAUCCGAGCUUGGGUCGCUUCCGAAGCGAGCGCUUGUCCAAUACUUGCUGUUCCUAAAACUCUACCCCGUGCUCACCAAAGCAGUCAGCAGUGGCAUUUUGUCAGCCCUUGGAAACCUUCUGGCCCAGACGAUUGAGAAGAAGCAGAAAAAAGACUCUCGAAGUCUAGAUGUCAGUGGGCUUCUCAGAUAUUUAGUGUAUGGGUUCUUCGUCACAGGUCCAUUGAGUCACUACCUUUACCUCUGCAUGGAAUCCUGGGUCCCUCCUGAGGUCCCCUGGGCCAGAGUCAAGAGGCUCCUGCUGGACCGCCUGCUCUUUGCCCCAGCCUUUCUGCUGCUGUUCUUCCUCAUCAUGAACUUUCUGGAGGGGAAAGAUGUCAGUGUCUUUGUUGCCAAGAUGCGGAGUGGCUUCUGGCCUGCACUGCAAAUGAACUGGAGGAUGUGGACACCCUUGCAGUUCAUUAACAUCAACUAUGUGCCCCUGCAGUUCCGGGUGCUCGUUGCCAACAUGGCAGCUCUGUUCUGGUGUGCCUACCUGGCCUCUCUGGGGAAGUGAUGUCAGAUACACCAUGGAUGAGGUCUGGGGGAAUCCACCCAUCAGCAGGAGAGAACAGAAUUCAUCAUUCAGGACAUCAUCUGACUAAAUUAUGUGAUUCAAAAUACCUUACAGUUACAGAGGGAGGAAAUGGUUAGUGUCAGAAUCUUGUGCUUCGGAGAGACAGCACCAGACUCAGAGGAGAUAAUCUUCGUUGUCACUGUAAACUAGAUAAAGGUUAAUAAACAGUGAUUCAGCUGUU